CAAUUUUUGGCGCGUAAUACAAACCCACCGGUAUCAAAUUCGCUUUACGCGUUGACAGUUUGUCAUUCGAUCACCUACGCAUUUUACCCUAUCAGAUCACGUGAUUUCAGUAGCUUGCUUAGAUACCACACUUGAUUUGGCACAGGUGAAAGCAGACGCGAGUUGUGAAUAGGUGUUAUAUUCGCAAUAAAGGAAACUUAUUUUCAUUGCAAAGUAAACAUGAUUCUGGGAUAGUGGAAUUGAGCAGUGCUAAUAUGAGUGAUAGAAUGAACGGGUAUGGUAGUGAUCGCGAGCGGCGUCCGCCAUCCGAACAGAUGGCGGACCUGCACGUGUAUCUGGUGCCACCAGAUAUUUGGCGAGACAAAUUUAAUAAUGCUUUAAACCAAUACAUAAAUGACACAAUUUCAAUAGGAUUUAUACGGGUUCAUCCUGAAAUGAAAGUGUACGCAUUACGAGAUGAGAUCGACCAACAGCUUGGCACAGAACUAGUGCCACGAGAGUACGUCUUUUUGAAGAGCGUUGGCAGAUCUCUUACAAGGUUGAAAUCCAAACAAGAGGCCACUCUGAAAGUGAAGCACUUUUUACCCCCUCAGGCCUAUGCACCAGAACUGUAUUUAUUAGAGGCGACCCCCGAGGUGCGCCAGGCAAUUGCUGCGAGUAGCGAGGGGUCAACACGACCCCAGACACGCACCUCCUACGAAUAUGAAUUCCAGCCAACGGGCAACAGUAAAAGUGAAGACGUUGUCGCGAAUGCCAAACAUAGCCACUUGCCAAAUGGUGCUGGUCUACAUUCAUACUAUCCCACCCUCCCACAAAUCUCCCACACGCCCUACCCACAGCAGGCCCCAACCCCACUUUUGACAAAAACUUCCCCUACUCCUCGUAUAGAAGACUAUCAUACAGAAGACUAUCACAAUCAUAGACAAGAUGGUAGUUAUCAUCAUGAUGAUGAGGCUGACAUGCCUGAAAUGCGUUCACCUAUGAAACAGAAUGUAUUUAAGACCACUAACCAGCCUGCAAAUGUGCCUGGGCCUCAAAACUCUCCACAGCAACACAUUUAUAAGGCUUAUCAGACAAAACCUCCAAUUGAAAACAUACAAACUGAUCUUGAUCAACCACAUUCCCAAUUUUAUCCCGAUCCACAUGAAAUAAAUGAUGCUUACCAGAAUAAUCCAGCAACUACCCAUAACCAUAAUCCGCGAGUGUCCCAAACCUCUUACCAAAACAACCCAGGAAAAACCUCAUACCAAAAUCAUACAGAAAAACCAUCAUACCACGACCCUCAGGAAAGACCUAAGCAAUACCCUGAAGAACCUACAAACUCUAGCAAUACUAAUGCCAGUACCAAUACCGGUACCAUAAACAUUAACAGGCCCCCUAGAGACCUUAGAGUAAGUCACCCACCGCCUGUUAAUUCUGACCCCCAUUUAGAUCCCUCCCUGCACCAUAUGGCCAGCUCUCCGCGACGCCAACAGGGCUCAGGCCCGGAUAGGGGCCAAGACGAGUACCUCCCACCUCUUAGCGCCACUCCCCCUCAUGGUGACAGUGAUAAAGCCAGGGGAGGUAAACCUGGCCGCAGUGAUAACCAUGGUAACCAUCAUAAAAAUGAAGAAGAUUCCGGCAUUGCAGGAUUUUCGCCAGAAACGUACAGGGAAAACGAGCCCCUUGAUCGCAUACAGUAUUUGAUGAUUAAUACACGGAAAGAUGAAAGGAACGGCAAUGAGCGGCUUGCAGCUCCAUCCGGGAAUCAAGAGGAUGACGAGGAAGUGCUGAAUAGGUCUCCGGAAAACGAGAACGGUACGGAUUGGGACAGACAACGAUGCGAGGAGGAAGAACGGAGGCGAAGAGAGGAGGAGGAAAGGAGGAGGAGGGAGGAAGAGGAGAGAAGGAGGCGCGAGAAUGAGCAAGCACGAAUAGAGAAAGAGGCUGAUCAGAUGAAAACUAACGAUGAUGAGGAAAUGGCCAGAUUUCCAUCCCCUCCGCCCAUGCGCCUUUCUUCUCCUGAACGAGACACAGCUUCCGCGAAAGCGCGGCGUAAAAAGCAAAAGGAUGAGCUUCUGAAGGAGUUGGAGGAGGCGCGAGAGGCUCGUCGUACGGCGGAGAGACAGCGGGAGGAACUGGUGAGACAGGCCAGACAGAUGCAGGCCAAGACCCAGAACAGACGUAGUCAUGCACGGGACUUGUGGAAAAAGCGCUACUUUGAUGAGAAAAAGAAGACCCUCCCCUUAGAAGAACAGUCAAACAGAUUACGACACGAACUAGACAUUAUACACAAACGUUUACUAGCCACGUUAGAAGGUCCCAAAGAGAAAGCAACCAAAUUAAACGAUUUAAAAUCUCCGGGCAAGGUUGGUUCCCCUGGUAGACCACUGUCUUUCUAUGAUAGACAAUUGCAGGCAUAUAGGAAAAUGAAUAACUUCAAAGUGCAGGCUACUCGAUUGCAACAUGAAAUUGAGGAUGUAAGACGUAGAGUGGAUCAUGCAAAAAUGAAAUUAACAAGUGAAAUGAAGCUCCGAAAUCAGGCAGAAACUGAACUGAGGGCCCUUAGAGCCGAACUAAUGCAGAAGAAAAUUAAUUUGACUUUGUCUAGAAACUCCCAUUUAACCACUUAUGCCCCGCCAGCAGCGGACGUCAACUUUAUGACGGCGCGGUCAACAGCAAUCACUCCUCGCUCGUAGUGCUUGUGGGAAUGGCGUCGACUUUCAUAACACUAGAUGUCACCAUUGAAUGUGUGCUUGGGUGGGGAUAACACUUCUUCCAUGAUUAGGAAAAGAUGUGGUGGUUCAAAUUUUGAGUAAAUUCGGCGAUAUGAUUUUCUGUUGACAAUUUUUCCAUUCUAAAACAAAUGAUGCCUGAAAAACUAUAGCACCUGCUUGUGGAUGCAGGUAUUGAAAGAGUGUAGCGAAAGAAUGUGCAGGCCUAAGAUGUGAACUGAAGUAUUCGAGAAGUACUUAUUCCAGCAGUCUGUAUUGGAUGAGCAAAACAACAGAUUAUGUAGUCAAGUCAAAAUGUAAAAUGAACAGAAAUUUAUGAUGAUCAGUUGAUGGCUUAGAACUGUUCUGUGCUGAAAGAAUUUAAAUGAUGGCAAACUUUCUUUUAUUUAACUUACAGAUUUUACAAAUGAAGUUGAUUUGCUGUUGAACUUCUUUGCCUGAAUUUUUUUAUGGUGCAUUGGACAUUAAAAAAAUUCAAAUUAGUAAUCUAAAUUUGAUGGGAGUAUGUUUGUAGAAGGGUAAACUGCUGGCAUAGAUAUUAUUGUGGCGGAGUUAAUCAUGAAAGAAGAUGGCUUUGAAGACCCCCCCCCCUGUCUCGGUAUGCACUUUUUUAUCCUAAAAAUAGAUUUAUUGUACUGCAUUUUGAAGAAUAUUUUUUUAACCUGAUCAGUGUGAAUAAAUGGGACUUACCAAGGUUAGACAAACGUAUUGCCAUAGAUAUAACAGAUUUAUAAAAUAGCUGCAAGCAACUUUAACUGGAUACCAUUAUCUGCAACAACUGCUAUGGUGUUCACUUCAAGUGCUUGAAUUGUUGAGAAGGAACUUUAAAUACAAAUCACGCAGUUAAAACAAAUUUAUAUUUGCAGUGCAUGGAAUAUUAAAACAAUGAAAAAUACGUCGGAAUUAAAAACAACAACUUUGAAACACAAGUUUGAUGGAAAAGAUUAAAGCAAAUCAGUAUAUGGUACUUUUUUAAGAUGACAAAUAUAUAAUAUAUUACUGCUUGCAAAAGUUUUGCUCUCAUUUUUCAUUUGGAAUUUCAUCCAAAAUGUUGUAUAGAUUUUGUUCUUCUUCAUACCAUGUCACAUUUUACGCAAGCAAGCAAAAUGAGCCACAUAAAACAUUAAAUUUUGUUUGUUUAUUCUUCUGACAAUGUGUUAAUGAAUGUUAACUCCUUUGUAUUAGUAAUGUUUGCAUUAGUUUGUAUUUGCAUGUUUCAUUAAUAUUCAUCUCUUGUAAAAAAAAAAUCCAGGCUUUUUUGUUAAAUCCAUCCCCACAGUAUUGUUGUAAAUAUUACCUUAUCAUACAAGUAUUUAUAUUUUCUCUAGUGUUUUUAUUGUUAAAUAUGAUUGAUUGUUUACUUGAUGUUCAAAACUUGUUAUCCUGUACCCUUUAUCGCAAUGUAGGAUCAUUAAUGUUUGAGAAUUGCUGAUUAUGGGUUUACUGAAAUAGACUUGUGAUUUUGUUUUCACACUUUUAACCCUUUACCACUUAGAUACAUAUUUAAAUGCAUUUUUAGUCCCUUAGACAGUUAACUGUUAUUAAAGACCUUUCUUACUAGAUUCAAGUUUUAAAAGCUUCAUUUCCAACCCUUACAUACUGAUGAGCAGCAAACAGCAUAAAGCCUGAACAGACUCUGAGUUACUUGCAGACUGUUAUGGUUUUAUACUGUAUGCACAUAGCCACUUUCACUUUGCCUCAGAGUGGGAAAGGGUUAACAAGGGUUUCAUACCCACCCAGAACUGGGAUAUUUAUUUAGAUGAAAAUUAGACUGAAUAAAAUAAGUCAAUAACUAUAAAAAAAAUAUGCAAAGUUAAUAACUUGGAUAAAUGUUAAAAACAUUCAUCAUUUGUAAAUUUUCUUUCUGGUCUUCUAAAAAGCAUAUUAUUAACUUGUUAAAAAUCAAUAUAUUCUAUGUUAAUCUGGUCUUCUAAAAAAGCAUAUAAUCAACUUGUUAAAAAUCGAUAUGUUCUAGGUUAAAUAAUAGUUACAAAAAUAAUUCUUAUUUUAUGCUUUCUGAUGGUUUAUAGAGAAAUAUCAGUGAAUUAAAACUGAUAAUUCGCCGUUUUAAACUGCGAAAAUUAUCAGUGAGGCAUGAAAACACUCAGUGCACACAUAUUGGUUAGUAUUUAUACACAAACACACCAAAUAUUUCAGUUCAACAAAUUUAACUACAUGCAUUACAAGUAACUGAUAAAAAAAUUCAAAAGGUGUCAAAAAUUCUUUCAAUAAAAAAACAAAAAAAAACUAAAUAGGGUCCAAUGACUACUGGUAGGUCCAAUGAAAUCUAACUUUUCGUCAAGUUCAUCUUUUCUUUGUUUAUUUAUAUUACUUCUUGUAUGAUUUCAAAAUACUAGUCAUCUAUGCCAGUUAUCAAAACCAGAGAAACAAAUCAGAUUAUUACAAUAUUAUGUCACUGGUCUGUACUUUUACCAAAGUUUGAACGAGUCAUGCUAUUCAUUAUUUUUUUGUAGCUACAGUAGGAUAUGUUCAUGUUUAUAAUGCUUGUACGUUGUUGAUUAAUGUAUGGUAAAAUUCAUGUGUGAUGCUUAUACACAUGAAAAUGGCUAAUACUAUCCUUGUGUUAUACCAUUACAUUGUCCUUGAUGAAAUAUUAUCAUGUAGAUGUAUUUCUCUUUUUUUGUUUCUUUUCUUAGAAAAUGAGAAUCUUCCCUUUAUUUUAAACUAAACAUUAAUAAUCUACUGAAAUCUACAGAUUAUCUACAUAUUUAUUUGCUCGCUUUAAUCUUGUUUUCAACUCAAUAAAUACUUUGUGGCAUUUGCUGAACAGUGUUUUGGACAUAACACAUGAUUGUUACAUGUAUAUGCUCUGUAUGUCUUAUAUGAAAAAGACUUGCUUUACUAAUAAUAAAUAUUGUUUCACAUUAAAGUUGAUUUUGAGGUUUUCUGAGUCAGUGGUUAUCAACGUUUUCAGGUUGUUUUUAGCAUACUUUAUGCCAUUUAAGUACAUUAUACAAAUCUAUAGCAGACCAUAUCAGCACACUUGUAAGACAUAAUUGAGUUUGACAUGGGUGCUGGUCUUUGGUAUUGCAACAUUUUAGAGAAAUUAUCACAUACAUGGACUUUUUUUAAAGGCAUCAUUAAAUUAUUAUUUAACUGUGUCCUAGGGUUUAUUUUAUAAUAUUAAAAAUAUGAUGCAAAAGUGCAUGGUCUUUGAUAAAAAUAAGUGGCACUUUUGUUAGAUGACAAGUAAAUGUUAAUGAUUAAAAUAUUAAUUUUUAAAAUGAAAAUAUAUAUUACUUGUAUUUGACUUAAAUUGUUGCGCACUUUUCUAUGCUCAAGUUGAUUUCUGUGAUAAUGAUUAGAACAAUGAAUUUGCAUACAUGUUGCAUUAAUAAAAUCUUCUCCAAGUUUCAUAAUUUAUUACUGUGUCAUUCAUUUCAUAUAUUAUUUGUUAUGAUCUUUUUUUUAUUACUAUCAUUGUCAUUAUGAUGGACAGUGUCAAUCUGAACAGACUUUGGAAAAAAAACUUUUUACAUAUUUUUUAAGUCCUUUCAUGCUAACAUUUUCAUGAAAUGUUUUCCAAAAACUUGAUAAAUUUUUGGCCUUGGCAAAGGAUACUUUAUUUGACAUUUAAUAUAAAAUAUCAUAUAGUUUUUUUCUACACAGUUUUUACAAUUUAAUAUUUCAAAUAGUAAUACUGUAAAAAAAUAGUCGUUCAAAUUUUCUGUGAUUAUUUACUUUAAAAAAAUGCUUUAAGUAUUAUAUUUACAAUAUAAAGUCUGUAGUAUAACUCACAAAUGAAAACAGGCAUAACAUAUAAACAUAAAUUUUAUGUCUACUUGUUGUAAUUUAACCUGCCGAUGUCUUUUUCUAAAAGUAAUAUUUAUGUAUUAUGUCAGACUAUCGUCUGUAACUUUUACCUUUAAGUAACACAAUCUAUGUUCAGAAUUGGAGAAACUGGUUUUACCUAUACCAGAUACAAUGAUUUCAUGCUUAAGCAUUAUUGUUACAGUUAUUGCAAUGGCAAUAAUAUACCCAUACAUGUUAUAAAUUUGGUUCAUUAUGAGCUAGAGAACACCGCAAGUUUGUAUGCUUAGAACACAAGUGUAUAUUUAAUAAGCAAAAAGCAAACCAUUCCUAAAAAGUUUGAAUUAAUGUUUGACACCGUUCAGUUUUUAAAGUUGAUGUAUGUUUGGCUUUGAGCAUGGAAACUUGUGGUGCAUUGUGUGAUAUCUGUCUGUGAUAUGAAAUGCUACGUUAUUUACCUUUUAAGCUAGCAAUAUCAUUGCAUAUUCUUUGUCAUUUAUUUACAAUAUUAAAUAAAAAAUAAUAUACUGAA